AGCGAACCCAAAUAUAUUCCCAUCGAACGCCUGGGGUCGGCACCCGGCACAAUACGCGACACUGGUAUCAUAUCGCGAGAUUGUUAUUGCGACUACAUUCGCCAGGCCCCGCACGCCGUGCGAUCCGACCCUUCGCCUCCCCCGCAAUCUGCAGGCCACCAACGCCAGCGCCAGCGCCAUCCCGCACGAUCUAUGUAGGCUAUAUCCGGCGGCCUUCCGACAAUCAGACGGAUUUAAGGAUGCGUGACCAUGAAGCUGGUCUCGAUGCCGGAUCUGCGGAUCUUGGAGUUGAGAUGCGGGGAAACACCGAUUACAAGUACUCGUAUCCAGGCUCACGAUGCGUGUUGACUCGUUCUAGGCGACAUUGAUUUUAUUUAUAACAACCUGAGCAUUCGAGGAAGUCGCGACUGAGCAAUGGCGGCCCAGAAUACCGGACCAGUUUUGUGCUCCCUUGAUGAGUUCAUCUCUCGAGACUACGAUUAUGUGGUCAUAGGCGGAGGCACAGCCGGCCUCGUGAUAGCCGCGCGCCUCACGGAGAACCCUUCAGUGAAGGUUGGUGUCAUUGAAGCAGGCCAAAACCGCAUGGACGACAAGCAAAUCUCCACUCCGUCCUUGUACCCUACGCUCAUCGGCCGACCCGAGUAUGACUGGUGCAUGCAGUCGACACCCCAGCCCUCGGCUGGGAACAAGACGUACAGCAUGCCGAGAGGUAAAGUCCUGGGUGGGAGCUCUGCAAUCAACUAUCUCAUGUAUGUCCGUGGAUCGCGGAAAGACUACGAUAGUUGGGCGGAGCUAGGUAAUAAGGGCUGGGGUUGGGAUGAGCUUGUGCCAUAUUUCCGCAAACAUCAGAACCUCGAUAUACCUGACGAGAAGUCGCUGCCCGCGAAUAAGCAAUUCAUGCCGUUUGCUGGGCGGGAGAAGUACCACGGGAGCGACGGACCCAUCCACACGAGCUUUAACGACCACUACAUGCCGCUUGAGGAAGACUUCUGCCAGGCCGCGUACGAGGUUGGAGGGAAGGAUAGCACCUUGAGCGAUGCCUGGAGUGGCGACCAUAUGGGGUUCUAUUCUUCUCUCGCAGCCAUUGACCGCUCAUCAGACCCUGGGAAUCGGUCGUACGCUGCGACUGGGUAUCUUCGACCAAAUCUGCAGCGAAAGAAUCUGCGCGUCUUGACGGAAGCUUACGCCACGAAGAUCUUGUUUGACGAGCAUGCUGCGGCAGGCGUGGAGUUCUCACACUCAGGAAAAGUCCACGCGGUCAAGGCGACUAAGGAGGUUGUUCUGUCGGCUGGUGUCAUUCAGACUCCCCAACUGCUGGAGCUGUCGGGCAUUGGAGAUCCGGAUGUGUUACAGAAGGCUGGAGUCAAAUGCGCCAUCGAGAACAAGUCUGUCGGGGCUAACUUCCAAGACCAUGUUCUCGGUGGUAUGCUUUUCGAUCUGAAAGAUGGGAUCAAGAGCAUGGACUCGUUGCAUGGUAAGGACUAUGCCAAAGCACAGCUGGAUAUUUACGAGAAGACGCACAACGGUCCCUACGGCAGCCCAGGAAUGCUGAUGGGCUUCGUCAGCUAUGCGAGCAUAGUCAACGAUUAUCAGCUCCAGGAAACACUCAAAGAGGUCGAGAAGAAGAGCCACGCAAAAACCAAGUUCGAGAAGGCGCAAGAGAGGGUCAUUGUCGAACAGUUAGCAGACCCGACCUUCGCGAACCUGCAAACAUUCUGCAUCCCGUGUCAACUGGAUGUUAGCGCUGGUCAUUCCCAGAUCGAAUUCUUUAGUGCCCCGCCAGAUGGCAAGAACCGACUUUCUCUGCUCAUAUGCCUCGAACAUCCACUGUCUCGCGGCAGCGUACACAUCGCCUCAUCGGACCCAACGAAGCCGCCGGUCAUCGAUCCUGGGUACUUUCGUCACGAGACGGAUGCGAAGAUACUAGCAGCAGGCUUGAAAUGGCUUGAUGAGGUAUCGAAGCAUCCUUUGGUCGCAAAAUCGUUGGGCGAGCGUGUGCUGCCUCCCCCAGAGAACUCUCUAGAGACGGAAGAGCAGCGAGUGGAGUACGUGAAGAAUCACAUCUCCACACAAUACCACUUAAUCGGCACAGCAGCCAUGGGCGAGGUUGUUAAUGAUCGACUGCAGGUGAUUGACGGGCAAGGCCAGGUGAUCAAAGGCUUGAGAGUUAUCGAUGCAAGUGUCUUCCCGGGUCAUGUGAGCGGUAACAUCAUGAGUAGUACAUAUGCUGUGGCGGAGAAGGGGGCCGAUUUAAUCAAGCAAGAUGAUGAUAGAUUCAGUAGCGAACCUAGGGGGGAAACACCAAGAUCGUAGUCGGUUUCUUGAUGUACCUACGCUUUGCAAUUAGUAUAGUUGACAUUUUCGAGUACCCUGAGGGUCGUGAGGAUGGCAUUCGCUUUGGAUCUUGAUGGGACGCCGACG